UUGUUACAUUUUGAAACGGUACGGUGUGGAAGAAUUCAUCGCUUUAAGUUGACAUGUUCUAACCGUUAACUGUUUGUUUGCUAUCGAAAUUGAAUUCUUUUGUUUGAUUCUUUUUUUGAAGAAAAAAGAAAAAACUUUCAAAAAGUGCUGCUGUUGGUAUCUCCUUUACCGUCAUGGCUGAUGAGGGAGCAAAUCCGGAAAAAGAGUCGGAAAAGAAAAUCGUACACACGUAUCCGCUUGUCAAGCAUUCUGAUAUGAACGAGGAAAUGCGCACCGAAGCAAUCGAAAUGAGCAUUACCGCUUGUGAAAAAUACUCUAGCAACUACGAGCAAGCAGCACGAGUCAUCAAGGAAACCAUGGAUAAAAAAUUCGGCAUCUAUUGGCAUGUCGUUGUUGGUGAAGGUUUUGGCUUUGAGGUAUCCUACGAAACGAAGAAUAUUUUGUAUCUCUUCUUCGGCGGAAAUCUAGCCAUUCUGCUAUGGAAAUGUUCAUAGUACCAAUACACAUGCAAAUGUAUGUACGUAACCAUGCAGCGGCUAUAAGAAUCGGGACACAAUACAAUACGAAAAAGCAACAAAGAAUCGGGACAUAAUACAAUACGAAAAAGCAACAACACAAACAGCACAAGAAUUAUAGUGCAAGCAAAAACAAAUAUAGCAGCAAGCCGAAGGGAAGUUAAUCAGCGACUAUUUAGGGAAGAUGUAGCGAAAGUGUAUUAAAUAUAGUAGAUUACCAGAUUACCGAAAUAAAUGGUUUACAUACCCGCGUACCUAAAUUGUAUUAAAAGAAGUAAAUAAGAAAAUUAUUAAAAAAAAAAAAAAAAAUACACACGCAAAUAUUAUUAACAGAUGGUAUUUAAACCGAAAUUUAGUGAAUACUCAAAAUAACUGCAAUAAUUGUAAAUAUUUUUUAUACAAAAAUGUACUGUAAAUGAUUUAAAAACUGAUCAAUAAAUUGCCAUACCAUAUACAUACAUACAUACA